AGCCGCGCCGCCGCAGUGAGCGCACGAGCGCCGGACGACCGCCACGCGCGGCACACAUCGGCCCAGACGCCACCAUGGCCGACCGGCGUAUCCCCUUCCUGGGCUUCGGCGGCGGCGGCGGCGGCGAUUACGAGCACGCGUUCGAGCUGCGCCCUCAGCACGUGCCCGUGCAGAGCCGCCACUUCGCGCCGGGCACUUACGACGCGUCUCGAGCCAGGUCUCGCCAGCGGUCGACGCGUGAGCUGGAGCGGUCGCGCCGCUGGCAGAGCAGGCUGGGCAGCGGGGCGGCGCAGGAGGAGAGUGACCUAUCGUCCACCAUGAGCAGCGGCGUCGGCCCGCUUGACUGGAGACUGGCCGACUCCCAGCACCGGCUGACCGGAGAGGUGGAUAACAUGGCGUACGUGCACCCAACCGAGUGGUCGGACGACCGGCUGACGCUGUACCCGCAGCUGACCUCGACCCCGCUGAGCAGAGCCGAACCCCAGACGCCGUACCCGGCGGCGCCGGGCGGCGCGGCGGCGCCCCCUGGCGGCCGCUCCCAGUACCCCCUGCCCUCGGACGCCCUGCCGCACGCCGGCUGCGGCAAGGAGGUGGCCUUCCGGCUGAAGCAGAGUCCGAUGGCGGCGGUGUGGAGGAAGCUGCAGGACCAGGGCGGGGGCCGGCGCCGCUCCGGCCUGCUGCUCUGCCUGCUGCUCUUCUGCAUCGGGCUGCUUAUCGGCGCCGUCAGCGUGGUACUCUACCUGACAGUGGCGCCGGACAUCCGGCGAGGCGGCGCCGUUCCGGCCGACGACCAGACCGGCGCCGAGGCCGGGGACAUGAUGACGUUCCAGGGCGAGUUCACCGUCACCAACCGACCGUUCAAAGCGAGCUACAGCGACCCGUCGUCGGUCGGGUACCGCCGGCUCGCCAGCAAGCUGGAGGAGGAGCUGGACGCGCUGUUCCGCGCCUCCAACCUGUCCAGCGCCUACAACGCGUCGACAGUGCUGGCGUUGCGGCCGUCGUCGCCGGCGGCUGGCGCGCCGCUGUCCGGCGGACCCACGGACAACGUCACCAAGGUGGAAGUGCUGGUGCGCUUGAAGCGGCCCAGCCCGGACGGCGUCGUCACCAUCGGCACCACCUUCAUCGAGGGUAUGGGCAACGCUCACCGGCGCAUGUGGCUCGGCCGCUUCAACGUCAAGCUCGACGACAUCUCGUUCUCCGUGUCGCGCACGACGCUGCCGCCGCCGCCGCCGUCGACCACGCCGCCGCUGCCGAUCGACGUGCGCUGGGGUUCCUGGGAGGACUGGUCACCCUGCGUGCCCUGCAACGUCAACUACACUCAGACCCGCCAGCGCAAGUGCCUGCUGAACAACGGCUCGGGCGUGCUGCUCGACCCGGGCAACAUCUGGCCGUGCCUGCGGCUCAAUCAGGGCGCCGACAUGGAGCACCGCGACUGCCAGCCGCCGCCACCGCCGCCGCCGCAGCCCAACCGCUUCUGCGACCGCUGCGUGGAGGGUGAGGUGUGUGUACAGCUGAGUGGCCAGGCGGUGCCCGAGUGCCAGACGCCGGCGGACGCCGACGACCCGCUCGGCUGCGGCGGCCUCUGCAAGCUCGACGUCGAGCGGUGUCACCAGAUCUCGGACCGCGCCUAUCAGUGCCUGGACGAUUCCCUGUGCCAGAGCGAUGAGUUCCGCUGUCUGUACGGCACGUGUCUGAAGAACCACAUGCGCUGCGAUGGUCGUGCGAACUGCUCCGACUGGGACCUCUCGGACGAGCUCGACUGUGAGUGCGACCGGCCAGACCACUUCCAGUGCGGGAACCAGACGUCCUGUCUCCCCAUCUCGCUGCGCUGCGAUGGCGUGCCGGACUGCUGGGACGGCUUCGACGAGGUCGGAUGCGAGUCCUGACCGGGAACUGCGUGGAUAGGGCGGCGGCUUGCGACGGCGUCGACGACUGCGGUGACGACAGCGACGAGCUGGACUGCCGGCGGGAC